GCCACAGCUGAACCCAGUAUUCUUUUAUUGCACAUUCCCUAUUGAUCACUGCCCUUCUCUCUGUGAAGCCACUUUGGAUCCAAACCCUACUUUUCUUUUUUCUUCCCUCUCUCUUUUUAUCCCUCCCUCCAAUUCCUGUAUUUUUUUUUCCAAUUUCUAAGGGAAAAUAAAGAUCCCUUUACUGGUAUACUAGUACUAGUAUAAUCUUCUUUUCAUAUACACGCAAAAGUCUGGCUCUACUGUUGUGAUACACAUUUACAUAGAACUUCUUGAAAGAGAGCAAGAGAGAGAGAGGAAGAGAAAGAUAGAUAAAGAAUAUAUCGUAGCCUUUUUCUCUCGUAUAUAUUGCUUGCUUUUCUCUUUUGUGUGCUUGCAGGAGAGGGUCUGGAGAGUUGGUUUUAUAUUUAUCUUCUUUCUUCUUCUUCCUCUUCGUUGUUUGUUUUUUCUAGCUCCAUUUUUUGGUGAAGGACUAGACAGUCAUGUCGAGCUGCAGCGAUGUUUCGCCGCCACCACCUGAGCAACUCUGCUACAUCCCUUGCAACUUUUGCAAUAUAGUUCUUGCGGUGAGUGUUCCAUGCAGCAGCUUAUUUGAUGUCGUGACCGUCCGAUGUGGACACUGCACCAAUCUAUGGUCCGUGAACAUGGCAGCUGCAUUUCAGUCGCUGUCCUCCUCCUCCUGCUGGCAAGAUGUUCAGGCUCAGAACUCCACUCCACCUGAUCAAUACAGGAUCGACUUUGGUUCCUCCGCCAAAGGUUACAACAUCAAGCCAGCAACGCGACCAUCCAUACCAAACCGCGCUGAGGAAAGGAUUGUGAAUCGACCUCCUGAGAAGAGACAGCGAGUACCAUCUGCAUACAACCAGUUCAUAAAAGAAGAGAUUCAGAGGAUCAAAGCCAAUAACCCGGAUAUUAACCACAGGGAAGCUUUUAGUACAGCUGCCAAGAAUUGGGCGCACUUCCCUCACAUUCACUUUGGGCUCAUGUUGGAGACCAAUAACAAACCCAAACUAGGCGAGGAUUCUGAGAAGCGCCUAACGCCAAGGACUGCACUAUUGAACAAAUGAGAGCGCCAUAAUUCCCCCCCCCCCCCCCCCCAAAGCUUGUCAGUGAUUUCAGAGAUCUUCAAAUGAAUUGAACAAGACUUGUGACACUAUUAAGCUUUUAUUACUAUCACAAUAUCCCAGUCCUGCGUUGUACUUGUUACAAAAUGCUUUAUGGAAGAUGCUACCAGUGUGCUGUUGCAGUAAGCUACUUUCUUUUGCUUAUGUAUUUAUGGAAGUGAUAAAAAUAACUCUUCAAUCUGGCCUCUAUGGAUACCUGAUCCCUUUUCUUUGUUUGUC